AAAGAAUAUGAAAAAAUAUGACUUGCCGAGUCUCUGGCCUUGCUCCUCCUCUUCCCAUCCACCCAAGCCCUGGUUUUCGAGUGCAAGCGCUAAACCACUGACAUCGACACUUCUUCAACGUCCACGGGAAUAUUCCUCGAUAUCUAGAGACUAGCAUGAACUGCAUGAACUGAGUCAAUUUGGUGGCGAUGGCUCAGCGUAAAUGCCAACGCGAAUGCCACGCGAGCUUUUCCCCACAAAUCAGCCUACACACAGCUGAACAUUUAUUUUGGACAGAACCCUCUCCCACUAAAGUGAGUGUCGGGGAUAUGACUUUCCGUGGCGGUGGCAAGCGCCUCAACAACGUUAUGCGAGAUACCCCAUUACAACUCGGAGCGAGGUGUUUGUGCGACCCUGCAUUGCAUUUUUGUCUCUCGCACAUUUUACUUUCAUCGUUGCCACUGGUCACGAAGCCGCUGCCUCUUCUGUCGCUUGCUAGCUACCGUCACGCUCCUGCCAAGUUUGAGAAGGAUGUUGACAGUAACUUCUGGACCAUCACUUUGAUAUUAUCAGCAUCGAAGCUUCGUGCAAUGAAAUACAGCGCUGCUGCCCCCGACCGUCACACUGCGAAGCAGAUAGCACGCAACAUCCUCCUUCCAUCAUGACUUUAACAUGGCGCGUUGUAUUGAUGUCACAUACAGGAUGAUACUCUUUGGAACCCACAUACUCACGCUCGUAGGUUGUGUCACGCACCCGACAACUGUGUCGCGCACUCGACAGUUGUAUCGCGCACUGUGAGGUUAUAGCGCGGAACUUUAUCAAAGUGGGGUUUGGAGCAUCAUUAAAAUAUUUACUGCAUGGACAAC